AUGCCUGUCGCCAUGGACAAGGACAAGAAGCAAGGAGAUGACCUCCUCAAGCGGCCCCUCUAUGUCUACGACCUGCCGCCCGAGGUCUUGACUACCUUGACCUUUGCCACGUCAACCUCUGAAGUCGCAGCUCCCGAGGCUAUACCAUCUUCCAAAGCAGACGAAUCAUUGCCCCUGUCCUCGCCGUCCUCGUCCGAGAACCUGUCCGUGGGCUCCCAGGCCUGCUCGCUGUGCAGCCUCACCUUUGACAAUGUGCUCGACCAGCGCGGGCACCAAAAGUCGGAUUUGCACCACUACAACCUCAAACAAAAGCUGCGCGGUCGGCCACCUGUAACCGAGACCGAGUUCGAAAAGCUCGUGGGAGAUCUCGACGAGAGCUUGUCGGGAUCAGACUCGUCCGAGUCAGACGACGAUGAUGACAAGAAGGAGAGCACUCUUACAGCACUUUUGAAGAAACAAGCCACCCUGGCAGAGAGAAAUAGCAACGGUGACGCCGGCAACGAUGAUGACGAGUCUACGACGAGGAGGCAGAGGGGCAGCGGAAAGCCACCAUUGUUGUGGUUCAGCUCGCCAGUACUGCCAGCCAACACAUUUUUCGGAAUCUACCGCGCGAUAUUCCAACCCGAAGAGGCAAACAAGGAGACAGAGCUGGUCGAAGUCAUAAGGAAGAAACAGCUUGAGCCGAUUGCAGCACCCAAACCCAAUGCCGAUGGUGGUAUUGCACCAGCCGCCUACAAGGGACCACACAUUUUCCUGUGCAUGAUUGGAGGCGGCCACUUUGCAGCUAUGGUCGUCUCGCUUGCACCUAGACAGACCAAACACGGCGCGACUUCAGGACCGCUGAACAGGGAAGCAACAGUGCUAGCACACAAGACAUUCCACAGAUACACCACGAGGAGGAAACAAGGUGGUUCACAAUCAGCAAACGAUAAUGCAAAAGGAAAUGCGCACUCGGCCGGUUCAAGUAUUCGUCGAUACAAUGAGCAGGCUUUGGUGGACGAGGUCCGGCAGCUGCUCCAGGACUGGAAAGGGUUGCUCGACACUUCUGAGCUGCUGUUCAUCAGGGCUACAGGUUCGACCAACAGGAGAACCCUGUUUGGGCCAUAUGAGGGACAGGUGCUGCGUGCAAACGACCCGAGGAUACGAGGAUUCCCAUUCAGUACCAAGAGAGCGACUCAGAAUGAGCUUAUGCGCUCGUUUAUCGAGCUCACGCGCUUAAAGGUUCGCGAAGUCGAUCCAGUUCAAGAAAAGGCACAGACCGAGGCGCCAGCAAAGCCAUCUACGCCCAAACCCGCCAAACCGGCGGCGCCAAAGUUGACAGAGGAGGAAGAAACGGCGCUGCUUCACACAUCACAGUUGCAAGCAUUUGUACGAAGGUCGAAAUUACCAGCACUCUUGUCAUACCUCAAGAAUAACGACGUUGCGGCAGACUUUCUGUUUCAGCCGGUGGAUUCGCAACAAAACUACCAUGCCCCGACCUGCCUUCAUCUAUCUGCGAGCCAAAACUCGGGGCCUUUGGUGCUGGGACUGCUCACAAAAGCAGCCGCAGAUCCAACCAUCAAGAAUCGGGAAGGCAAGACAGCCUUUGAACUUGCGGGAGACCGGUCGACCAGGGAUGCCUUUAGGGUCGCACGCGAUGAACUGGGCGAGGACAAGUGGGAUUGGGAAAGUGCCAAAGUAGCACCGCCCAUGAAGCGCGCCGAGGCAGAGAAGCGUGACGAGCGGGAGCGAAACGAAGAAGAGAAGAAGGAAGCUGAGCGCAGGAAAGCUGAAGAGGCACGUCUCAAGACUGAGGGACCCAAGAUCCCGUCCAAGACGCCUCGCAAGGGGGCGCUGGGCAGCAGUCUUCCCAAGACGGCUCAGGAGAAGCGCGAGGAAGAGGCCAGAGGGCUCACGCCGGAACAGAGGAUGCGAUUGGAUCGAGAACGGAGAGCUCGGGCGGCUGAAGAACGGUUACGUAGGAUGCAGGCUGGUGGCUAA